GGCUUUUAUUUUGAAAGACUCUGUCGGAACCACGUGAGGAGGUCGGUGAGCUCGGUAACGGCCGCGAUGAGUUUCGAGUGGCCCUGGCAGUACAACUUCCCUCCGUUUUUCACACUACAGCCCAAUGUUGAUACGAGACAGAAACAGCUGGCGGGGUGGUGUUCUCUGGCGCUGUCUUACUGCCGGCAUCACAAGCUCUACACCCUGGACGUGAUGGAGGCUCAGGAGAGCCCCGUGUUCAACAACAAGAAGAUAGAACGAAAACUGUCGAUGGAAGCGAUUCAAGUCGUGUUUGAGGAGUUGAGGAAAAAAGGGAACCUGGAAUGGUUGGACAAAAACAAGUCUCGGUGUUUAGUCAUGUGGAGACGACCGGAGGAAUGGGGCAAGUUAAUAUACCAGUGGGUUUCCAGAAACGGGAUGGUCAACUCUGUGUUCACGCUGUACGAGUUGUCCAACGGUGAUGACACAGAAGGUGAAGAGUUUCACGGCUUGGAGGAGUGGAUGCUGCUGCGCUCGCUGCAGGCGUUACAAACAGAAGGCAAAGCGGAGAUCAUCACCAUGGAUGAUGGAAAGGGCGUCAAAUUCUUCUGAUUAAAAAAACAAAACAAAACGGUGCUGGAAAUCACUCACUCUGCCCGGGGAAUAC